GAUCACGUCUCUGCGUGCGAAACUGAUGCAGUCCGUGAGAGAGGGUCCCUGACCGAAGAACGCGAGAGUCAGAUGCAAGGAUAUAUAGAUAAUAUGCACGGGUUUUUAUUUGAUAAAUGUUUUCAGAAAGAACCUUUAGCGCUGUUAUGAUCAGUGCUGAUGGCUGGAUACACAGAGCUGAGCUCAGGCUCUGUGAGCUGAGGAGAGGGUAAGAUGAAGGUCUGGGGUGUGAUGCUGGUGUGCGCUCUGACGCUGAGCUGCGCGUCCUCCGUCCCGAACUCUCAAAGACCCCGGGACCUACAGAGGACGCCGUACAAACAUCUGCAGCCAAGGAGUCACUCAGACAGCUUUCCCGCACCACGCUCAGCCUUCACCCACAGACCCAAGAGAUCUCCAAAACAGAGAGGUUUCCUUCGUAACAAGAUGGACAGAAAGAGACCGAGUCGUGACGAGAGAGAGAAGGGCAAAGCAAGAGCGUGCGCACUGAGACAAGUCCAGCUGAAAGUGUCCGAUCUGGGUCUGGGCUACCGGAGUCAGGAGGAGCUGAUAUUCAGUUACUGCAGCGGUGUGUGUAUGAACUCCCUCACGAACUACGACAAAAUCCUCACCGGCCUCGCCGGCACCGGCAGAGACAUUCUGCGCAGCUCUCCUCCCACCGCCUGCUGUCGACCCGUCGAAUACGACGACGACCUGUCCUUUCUGGAUGACAACCUCGUAUACCACACCAUGAAGAGGCACUCGGCACGGAAAUGCGGCUGCGUCUGAGCGACUGGGAUGGACAAUGACACCAGACGGGAAAAAUCAAUAGAAACUAUUUCAUGUGUGAGAAUGGCUCGGUCUGGAGAAUCAUUUCUCUAAGAAGAUACAGGGUGAGGUGUUGCAAGAUUUUCAAAAAUGGGACAUGCACGCUCAGAAAAAAAAAAAAGCUGCAACUGGGGUGCUACAAUAGGAUACAAAAGCUAAAAUGUGUGCGUACGUACACUUUAGGUACUAAUGGGACUCUGGGCCAUAUUAGUCAUAUGCAUUGCUAAGAAAUUCAUUUCCACUUUUACUUAACAUUUAUCCCCCAGAUUUUCAAAUAUUGUCCAGUGCUAACAAACCAUAUAUCAGUUGAGUAAAUCAAUUCAAAAAGAUUUGACCCUUAGGACUGGUUUUGUGGUUCAGGGUCAGGUUAAGAAAGACAGGAUAUUUUGU